AUGACAGAGAAAAGCAGCCACUUGGAGUUCAUUGCAACAAAGACGAAGCAAUUUGCUUCGAAUCUUGUUGCACCAGAAAAUUCUGCGAAGGACCAGAAUGAGAAAGAUCUGUGCGACAUUGCAUUAGAAUGUCGCCUCAUAUCGGUGAAGAUCAUCAAGCUGUCAGAAAAACUCAAAGCAAGAAAUUCGAAUUCGAAAUUUCAAAGCCUUAUCGCAGGUGUUAAAACGAAGUAUCGCGGGUCAGAGAUAAGCGAGUUGGAGACUAGACUGUCUAGUUGUCGAAGCCAGCUUAGUCUUCAAUUUCAAUAUUCAACGAGGUUAGGUUGUCUUUACAUGAACUUUUGAUCAGAUACUGAAUGAUUCAUACUGUAGUUCCGAAAUGAAAAUCCAAGUGAAGAAUUUGGUCAGACUCUCUGAAGCAGACAGUAGCAAACUCCAGCAACUUCAAAAACAAAUAGAAAGCCUCAAAAAUGGAGCAACGAUUACUUCUUUUAGUUCAGAAUCCAAAACCCAGCUGAAAGGUUUGUUGGGAGUUUCAGAAAGUGCUUGUGAAGUUAUCUUCCAACAGCGGAUUUUGAGAAGUCUCGCAUUUGCCGGGAUGUCCGGAAGAUUCGAUUCUGUGCCUGAAGCACACCAGGAAACAUUCAAAUGGAUCUUCGAAGCCGAUGGGAAUAAAGACAAUAUAUUUGAUCAUUCUGGUCCCAGGUCUUUUACAAAUUGGCUGUCUUCAGAUGAGGGUACUUUUCAUAUCACUGGGAAGUUAGGUUCUGGAAAAUCGACAUUGAUGAAGUUUUUGUGUGACCAUGAGAGUACCCAAAUAGAGUCGAAGAAAAGGGCAGGUAAGGAUUUGAUGUCAAUCGCUGGACUAUCUCCUUUUUUAUACUGUUAAUGAGUGCUAACAGUUUUUUCGAGGUGAUGGAAGCCUUGUAUUGGCAAAGUUCUUCUUCUGGAAACGAGGAAGCCCGUUACCAAAGUCACUCGAAGGAUUAUAUCGGUCUUUACUUCACGACGUCUUGAGAUCAUGUCCAGAAUUCAUACCCGAUGUACUCCCAGAUCGUUGGAAGGAAGUCAAGUCAAUGCCGUGGCAAGUUCAAAAUCAACUAGACAUUGGUGCAAAAGAAGCAAAAGAAGCUUUUACUCGCCUAACUUCCCAUACAACGCUGUAUAAAGACCACUGUUUUUGCUAUUUCAUCGAUGGUCUCGAUGAGUACGAAGAGACAACCGAAGAUGACUAUAAAUCGAUGGUGGAAACACUUGCUGGAUGGACAAAUAUAUCGCACCGUGUAAAGAUAUGUAUCUCCAGUAGAGAAUACAACGUUUUUCUAAAUGCCUUUUCUGGCGAAAGACGCAUUCGGCUUCAAGACCUGACCAAGAGAGACAUGCAGAGAUAUGUCAGGGAAAGAUUGCACAGUACGGGCGACGCAAAAUCAGAAAGGAUUGUCAACGAAAUUGUCGAAAAAGGAAAAGGAAUAUUUUUCUGGGUUGCUUUAGUCGUCAAAAACUUUCAGGCUUGUUUUGAAGAUAGCCACGAAUUAUCGGAACUCGAGAAACUCCUAGAUACUCCCUUAGAAGAGCUGAACAAUCUGUUUAGUCAUCUUCUCGGAUCCCUAGAGCAAUCAUAUCGGAAGAGGGCGGCGCUAAUAUUCGCAAUGACUGAAACAGCUCGUCAGUUCGCCGAAUUUGCCUCUCCCAACUGCGAAAACAGAGGUCUGUCACCAAUGUGCUGCUCAUUCCUUGAUGAUUUUGAUGAGGAUCCCUUGUUUGCCACAAGGACCCCAUAUCGCUAUUUCAGCAUGAAUCUCAUAGAGAGGGGAAAAAGAGAAGCACAUGCAAUGAAACGGAUCAAUGGGUACUGCAAGGGAUUAUUGGAAUUUGAAGAUAAUGACGUUUUGGGGAGAGCGUUUCUGUCUUAUACGCAUCGCUCAGUACCAGAAUUCCUAAGGACUGGAGACUGUGCAAAGGAUACGAGCUUUAAUCUUGAGGGCAUUGUUGUCGAAGAAGUCAUUUGUCAACUUUGGCUCGGUGAUAUUCGUACUACUGCUCCUCACAGUAUCUCCAAUAAGCAAAUGGGCUGCUACGCGUUUGCUAUCGUCGAAAUGAGUAAUCGAUGUAAAAUUAACCAGUUCCUGUUCCUCUUACUAGAAACGUUGAGCACAGCCGUUACAUUGCAUGAACUUGUCAUAGAAUCCGAUGAUAGGUACGAGCACAAUGCAGUGGUAAUUCAUUGUCGCAGCGAGAUAUUAUUCACAUCGUGUCGAGUUGGCUACUCCGAUAACACACGGCCCUACAGAGCAAGGGUUGCAAUAUCAAAUCCCAUCCACCUGGCAGCAUUUGUGGGAGAAACGAAGUAUGUACGAUGGAAGCUGGAAAAUGAUCCAUCAAUUGUUGCGUCAAAUAAUCUAACAACACUCUUGAUUUGCUGUUCAAUGUAUUCAGAUCAACUCAUUCUACAUGAAGAAAUUCUGAGGCGCGGCGUCUCAGCAGAAGCUAUGAUUCACAAGACUCGGGGACCAAAUGAUUUUCUAGAUGCAAUGAGCUAUUGGGUUCAUUUAUUUUGCAACAUUCUCUGCUAUUUCUUGCCAAAUAUCGAUAGCAUUGAGAGGCAAGCUGUCGGGAAAUGUAUCGAGGCCUUCCUGAGGUACGGUGCGAAUCCAUGCCUAUCUGCUUUCAUUUCCAAAGAAAAAUCCGGAGACAGCAAUUUACCACAAAUUGAAGAGAAGGAGACACUAAAUAUCAAAUGCGAUAAGAUGGUCUUUCGAGCUCUUGAAAAGGAUUCGGGAUAUAGCCGUUUAUCUGGUUUUCGUAAAAAUUGGUGCGCCAAAGGCGGAAAAUGGAAAUCAUUUGUUCUCGAUGGGGAGGCAAUCAGCUUCAGGGAAUUGGUCCUACAAUUCCAAUUCGACAAUGAAGCAACCAUUCUGCAGUUAAUUGAUGCGUACAACCUCAAGAACCCCAAAGAAGAAAGCAGGGAAACACCCGGCAUGGAAACAAGGGAACCACACGAAGAAGAGAAAAUAAGCGAGGAUCCUUCCCAGCGGCAGAAUCAAAUUGAGCAACCGAACUCAAAAAUGGCAGACGUAAAACACAAAAAGCAAGCAUUAGACCACGCCUGCUCGGAGACACUAACGACACGUCGGAAAUGGAUACUUUCCAUCGUGCUGUUGCUAGGUAUGUCAAUUCAUGGAUAAUUCUACAAUUUGAGUGUUAAUUACAGCCGCUAACAAGGAUUGA